AAAUUGAUACCGAUACCCCUUCACCUUUUAUAAAAUCGAUAUGAUUAUCUUAGCAAAUUAUUUAUUGUGUAAUUUUCAUUGCUAUGCGCAUUUCCGAUAUAAACACGUGUUGUACUUGAACAAUAAUAUAAUAUUAAUUAUGCAUAAAUUAUUGACGUGAAUAAUUUUAAAUUAGUAUUUCAUUAUGUUGAAGACGAAAUUUGAGGAAGAUUUAUUAAUAGUUAUUGGAAUUAGUGGUGUGACAUGUGGUGGAAAAACAACUACGGCUCAAAAACUACAAAAUAUUUUACCAAAAACUACAAUCAUCAGUCAAGAUUUGUAUUUCUUAGAAGAAAAUGACCCGAGAAUUUCGUGGAUACCUGAAUUAAACCACGCAAACUACGAUAUACUAUCUAGUUUAGAUAUGGAUAAAAUGUUCGACGAUGUUUCAAAUUUCAUUCAAAAUGAUAGAUUCAAAAGAAUUAAUAACAAUUUUCAAAGUUUGAAUAGUAUUACUCAUGACAUAGGAUACAUACAAGAUGUAUUAAAAACAGCCAAGCUCAAUAUAUUAAUAAUCGAAGGUUUUUCAAUUUUUAAUUAUAAAACUUUAGUGCCUUUGUGCGAUUUAAAAUAUUAUUUCACCCUAACAAAAGAAGAGUGUUAUAGAAGGAGACUAUUACGGAUAUAUGAACCACCAGAUUGUCCUGGAUAUUUUGACAAAAUUGCGUGGCCAGAACAUCUUCAGCAACUUGAAGAAGUGAGAACUACUGUAGAUAGGGUAAAUUACUAUAGUGGGACGAUAGAUUCUACAGAAAAUAUUCUUAAAGAUAUUUUCUCGUUAUAUAUGUCAAUAAAGAAGGUGCCCAAACUUUGUUCUAUGGAAACAGCAACAAAUAGUUGAUUGGAAAGGGGGAAACUCCUAUUUUCUUGUAAAACAACAGUAUUUUAGUUCCACCGUUUUAUAUGGAUUUGUUUACUUGAAAAAAUUAAAAUUUUUCUAAUUUACAAUAUCUCUAGUCUUCAUUGUGAAACAUUAUCAAUAAAUUUCUUUAC